AAUACAUAUGGACUGGCCCCGUAUGCAUAUUUCUAAAUUUUCGCUUCUUUCUCUUCGUUCCUUUCCUUUCCUCCCUGUUUCUCUUGAGAGUCAUACCUUCUCUUGGCGCCUGAUAGUCUUCAUCUAUCAUGGCAGCCCAGGAUCCAAAUGCGCCAACAGACAGUAAUGGCGGUGCUCUGGUGGCUACCGCCAUCACUAUGUUGAUAUUCUCUUGGCUAUCUGUCUCUCUAAGAUCCUUCGUACGCGCUAGGCUAACUAAUGGUUUCCAAUGGGAUGACUGGAUCAUGCUAUUAUCUCAGUUAAACUUCACAGCCUCGUGCGUCUUAAUUCUCGUAGGAGUUCAGGAUGGCCUAGGAAAACACAACAAAUCUCUCGACCAGUUCCACGAGAUCCAGGCUUUGAUGUAUCAAGCAAUAGCUACCGCGACAUAUGUCCUCAACAUGUGGUUGAUCAAACUUAGCAUAGGCAUCUUCCUACUCCGCCUAGCUACGCAGAAGAGGUAUAAAUACACCCUCUACGCUAGCAUCGUCAUCGUUAGCAUAUGGAGUGUUGUUUUAUUCUUCUGGAAUAUAUUUCAGUGUAAUCCUGUUGCUGCUCAAUGGGAUUAUACGAUCCUUGCGAAUGAUCCCACCUCUCAUUGUGUCUCAGCCGAUGAGAUUGUCGAUGCCGCUUAUGCGUUGAGCGUCAUGAAUAUCCUAUCCGACUGGAUGUACGCUUUAAUCCCGAUUCCCAUGCUCUGGAGUGUCAAAAUGUCGGCUCAAGCUAAACUUACUGUGGUUGUUGUUCUUGGUCUGGGGAUAUUUGCCAGCAUCGCUACUCUCGUCCGACUCAAAUUCCUUGCCGAUCUCACAGAUAUGGCAGAUAUUCUUCACGCUGGAACCGAUGCGAUGGUCUGGACAUUGAUUGAACCAGGAGUUGCUAUCGUUGCUUCAAGCCUUGUCACUAUACGACCCCUACUUCGUCUUUGGAAAAUUAAAGGGUUCGGUUCAACUGGACAGAGCCACCCAACCAAUCAGUACAAUAGUAAUCGCAUGUCGCGUACGAACCGAUCGAGCAAGAUGCCGGGUUUCGGCUCUACCGAUGUAACUUUAGUAGAUAUUGAAUCCCAGUCAAAGAUUAGCCGCCCUCGUUCCUCGGUCGCCGGGUCGUUUGUUGGAAGCAGGAUUCAGCGUUCACGGUCGGUAUCUGACGGUGCAAGCUUCACGAGCAGGAGUCUGCAAUCACGAGCAUCUUCUGAUGCGCCAAUGUUCUCCGGCUAUCCACAAAGAUCCCGGUCGAUCUCCGAUGCAGACACAUUGACUGGUAGGAGUCAACGAUCUCGGCCGUCGCAUUUAACAAGAUUGUACGAAACGCCCAUAGAAGAAGACGACGCUCAGUCAGAGUACGAAGGUCCGGCAAAUAGAAGAAUUGCAGUGAGAAGCGAGAUGUACAUCAUCGAGGGCAACGUAACACCUUCGCCGCCACCAGGAGCACACAGACGGGGUGAAACAUGGCUAACAGAACAAGACUCGUCAAAUGACGGGUCAUUUGAGCUCAGCCGUAUCAGACCUCAAUACAAUACGAAUAUGGACUCUAUGGAGUUACCACGACUACCACCAACUUACCGACGAUAAACAUUACAACAACGUUAUCACGGAAACCACUUUACAUAUAAUGCUCCGAAAUAGAGACGUCAAUACGAUCAUAACGUCAACUAUAGGGCCUCAAUCAUUUCGACUUUUCCUUUCAAUUCUAAUUAGAUGUAUAAAUGGAUCAUAUAUAAACCAAGAUACCCAAAUGGCCGAAAC